AUGACUAAGGGAAGUUUAAAUUCUGAAGCACAAGGAAGUCAUGCAACAAAGCAGCAAUCCCAAGUAUCUGAAAAUCAGCAUUUGGAUCACCUAGCUGAAAAGCUGGAGCAGAGUGAGAAGAAUGGUUCGAAACCAUAUUCUUCAUUUCCCUCCCUAAAGCAAAAUUGGGAAGAAUAUCGGCUUCAGUGUUUAAAGUAUCUCCGAGACACCCCCCCUCUUGUGGCAGAAGGCAAGUUUUGCAACAGGACUUUUGACAACUAUGUCUGCUGGCCUGAUGGUAUUCCUGGCACCUAUGUGAAUAUGAGCUGCCCUUGGUAUUUACCAUCAGGUAACUCCGCCCUUCAUGGGCAAGUUUACCGUUUCUGCACUCUGGAAGGGACUUGGCUGAUGGAGGAGAAUUCCACCAAUCCGUGGAGGAACAUUUCAGCGUGUAUGGUUCCUGAUGAAGACUCACCAGGAAGACAGUUGUUAUUCCUUUCUGUCAUCUACACCACUGGAUAUGCUCUUUCUUUCUCAGCUCUUGUUAUCGCAGCUGGCAUCCUCAUUUGGUUCAGGCAUCUGCAUUGUACCAGGAACUACAUUCACUUGAACCUUUUUACUUCAUUUAUCCUACGUGCUGUGUCCAUUUUCAUUAAGGACUCAAUGCUCACAUGGAUGUACAAGACAGCCCCUCGUCAACAACAGUGGGAGAGUGUAAUUUCCUACCAGGAGUCACUUAGCUGCCGCUUGAUCUUUGUGAUGAUGCAAUAUUGUGUGACUGCAAACUAUUACUGGCUACUGGUGGAAGGAAUGUACCUGUAUACUCUACUAGCCCUCUCAGUAUUUUCAGAGCAGAGAAUCUUUCGACUUUACCUUUGUGUUGGCUGGGGUGUGCCAAUGCUGUUUGUAAUCCUCUGGGGAAUUGUCAAGUACCUUUAUGAAGAUGAGGGCUGUUGGAAUAAGAAUCUGAACAUGAACUAUUGGCUGAUCAUCAGGCUACCUAUUAUGGUUGCUAUUGGGGUGAACUUCCUGAUCUUUAUCAGGGUUAUUUGCAUUAUAAUUUCUAAGCUGCAAGCCAAUCUAUUGCGCAAAAGUGACAUAAAAUGCAGAUUGGCGAAAUCUACACUGACUCUGAUCCCACUUCUGGGUACACAUGAGAUCAUCUUUGCUUUUGUUACUGAUGAGCAUGCCACGGGGAUGCUGCGGUUUGUGAAGCUUUUUUUUGAACUCUCUUCUUCUUCUUUUCAGGGGCUUUUGGUGGCAAUUCUCUACUGUUUUAACAAUACGGAGGUUCGGACAGAAUUCCAGAAAAGCUGGGAACGAUGGAGAUUGGAACACCUUUAUGUCCAGAGAGACAACAGUAUGAAGCCACUUAAGUAUCCAGCCAACAGCAUUAGCAGUGGAGGUACAGUUGGAACCACAGUCUACGCUGCUACUUGUCAAGCUGCUACAUUCAACUAA